AUGACAGCUGCGCGGAAUUACAUUCUUGCCACUGAUGAUACAACUUAUCUUCAACAAACGACGGAGGCGAGGGAUGCUGAAACCGAGAACCUGCAACGCCGGCCGGACAUAAUUGUUGCAAAAUUCAUUCUGUCUCCGUACCUCCACCUACAAAGUAAAAAAAACAGGACACGGGAGCCGGUCCAGUGCUACAGAUGCCAGGGCUACAGGCAUACCAAAAACUCAUGCAUGAGACCACCAAAAUGCAUGAAAUGCGCUGGCGACCACCUGUCAUCCUGUUGCACCAAGCCUAGAACCACCCCUGCUACCUGCGUCAACUGCUCUGGAGAGCACAUUAGUGCAUACAAGGGAUGCCCAGCUUACAAGGCAGAAAAACAAAAGCUUGCGGCUAACAACAUUGACACAAACAAAAUACGUACAAUUAAAGACGCAACUAAACAUUUUUAUAGACGUCAGGGCCCUCCUCCACGCAAUAACACCCCUCGGCUGCCUCAUAGCUCAGCAAUCCUGAGCAGAUCAAUCGCUGAAGCCCGCCAGGAGGCUGCCAGAAAGUCGGUGUUAAAUCCUUUCCGUCAAAAUAUGAACGACAGAAGGCCACGUUUUUCUUCCCACGACACUGCCAUUCAAACCCGGCUGAAUAAAUGGCGCCGAAAUAUUAACAAGAUACCCAAAAAGGGUAGGACAACCUCAAAACACAACGCAAAGCUAAGACUGGUAUCCAAGACAAACAAUCCAGCGCAAAGACAUCUGGAAAAUUACCAGGACAUGCUCCGAAAACAAAGGAGUGAAGAAAAUGACCAGGAACCUGAAAAAGGUAACUCAAAUCCCAUGCAAGCUAGCAAUGACAGCCCUCCGACCACCAGCAGAGCUGCCAGAGCUAGUUUCAAACCAAGAGUUAUUGAAGUAGCCACACCAUCGCCAAGAAACUCCAAUCCAUACAUACAAAACGGCUUCUCGGACGACCACACAACAAACCUAGCAAAUAGAGUCGACAACUUAGAGAAGAAAAUUGACAUUUUAAUGGCCUUAAUCAUACAAGGAAGAAACAAUAAUCUCGACAUGGACACAUCCAAUUAAAUCUACAUCUAUUUAUAAAUAUAUUAACGAUAUCUAUUUCCGAUGGAAAAGCGCACUCCAGUCAGCUCCCAAACUCGUGCACGGCCACCACCUUCCUCGACUCAGCUUAAUUUUCCUGGAAUACAAAUUCAAGUAGAUAACAGCAAUAAAAUAUAAACAAUACUCUCACCUCAACGCACCCGGAUGAACAAGCCCAAGACAACGCACUCCAGCUGAUCCUGACGAAACGAUGAGGAGAAAAUCAACCAGGACAUAAAAGAAAAAUCGGUAGAUCGAUAUAAAAAGGAUUAGUGUGGCAGAAACAUGAUGAAUAAAAGGCGACUCGCUGCAGCAAUUCAUGCACAACGUCACUUACCUGAACUUUCUCGCCACACGGUCCCUGA